GCCAAAUAAAAUCACUGGUAGCGCUGAAAACAUUCGAUUAUGAGUGUUGAUGAUAACAGAGGAACCUUUUGCGGGCCGUCCUCCGUCACCCGCCCACCAUGUCGUUUCCAAUCCAUUAUAUCCGUGAUAGCAUAGAACAAUAUAGAAGUGAAACUCGAUCAGCUGUGACCUGAUUGGGGUCUUGGUUACCUAUGAUCUGAAGUCUGAGGUAUUUGUUUUUGGAAAAUAGAAGUUACUGUCAUAGAAGUUUCCUAGUGGUCACAGGGGGAGCAUGAAUCGCCUUAAUUUUUUAAAAUAGUAUUGAAUAAAAUACCAAAUUUAAAAUGUUUUUACUUGACAUAUAGGUACGUAUAAUUCCCACAUAAAACAUCCAUUCAGAAAUACAAAUACUAACCAUAUUGUAUAAUAAUUUUCAAACCCUUUAUUAUAUGGUAAUCAAGCACUUAUUGAUAUAAACACUUGUAAAUCAUAAAUUGAUUUAAUUAUUUUAUUAGGUAAGAAAUUAUUAACUUAAAGAGGAAUAUUCAACUAUCAAAACUGUUUUUAAUUGACUAGCAAGUGUACUGGGUUCCUACUGACUAUAGAGGUCUCAAAAUAAUCAAUAAACAUUAAGGAGAACAUAAUUUAAUAUGGAACCAUUAAGUCCAUCAGUUAAUGAUUCUGCCAUAAAUUCCAAGUAUGAUUAUAUAUUAAACAGUUCGAGAGUGUUGACAAUUCCACUUGUUAGAUGCGAUGAUCCGGUAGUUAAUAGACCUAUUAAACAAGAAUGUAUUAUAAAGACAGAGUAUAAUGAUGAUCAAGUAUUUAAUAGAAUUAUUAAACAGGAAACUAUUGGUGUUACAGACCAUAAUAAUGAUCAGUUAGUCACAGGAUCUAUAUGUAAUACUGAAGAAAAAGUAAACGCAAUCGAAACCAAUAUAAAACUCGAAAAAGAUUUUAUCGAGUGUUUUGAAUUUGAAGGAGCAGUACUUAACAAAAGUCACUCUUCGGAAGUCAUUAUUUGUAGUGAUUCUACCUUAAGGGAAAAGCAUUUAACACUCAAUGUUUGUAAUAAUGAACUUUCAAAUCUGAGUAAAUUUCCCGUUGAUAAGAUAUUACAAAACGGAGACGAUCAUUACACAUGCAAUACCUGCGAUAAAUUAUUUUACUCAAAAGCCAAACUCAAAAGACACGUGAAGAUUCAUACCAGAGAAGAAACAUUCAUUUGUGCCAUUUGUCAUAAAUCAUAUUGUUAUAAAUCAUCGUUGAAAAGACACAUAAUGCUUCAUAAUGGUGAAAAGUCGUAUAAAUGUGCUAUCUGUGAUAAAGGGUUUUCUCUUGCAAAAGGUUUAAAAAAACAUACGAAGACACAUACCGGAGAAAUGCCAUACCAGUGUGAUACGUGUGAAAGAAGGUUUGCUAUUGCAUCAAAUUUUACAGUGCAUAUGAGGAUACAUACUGGUGUAAAACCAUUUAAAUGUCUUACUUGUAAUAGAAGAUUUAAUCUAGCAUCAGAUUUAAAAAAUCAUACAAUGUUACAUACUGGUGAAAAACCAUUUAAAUGUGAUAUCUGUGGUAAAGUGUUUUCUCUAUCUAAAUAUUUAAAAAAUCAUUCAAAGAUACAUAGCGAAGUAAGGCCUUAUUAUAAAUGUGAUAUAUGUAAUAAAGGAUUCCAUUAUACAUCUGAUUUGAUAAUACAUACAAGAAUACACACCGGAGAAAAGCCAUUUACAUGUGAUAUCUGUUAUCAAUCGUUUGCUCAUGCAGGGAGUUUAAAAUAUCAUUCUUGGGUACAUUCUGGAGUAAAACCAUACAAGUGUAAUAUCUGUGAUAAAAGGUUUACCACACCGUCAAUUUUAAAAUGUCAUACUAAGAAACAUGGCGGAAUAAAGCCCCUUAAAUGUGAUAUAUGUAAAAAAAGGUUUUCUAAUAAGGUAAGAAUACAAAUCCAUAUGAAAACACAUACCGGCGAAAGACCCUAUAAAUGUAAUGUAUGUUAUAAAGCGUUUUCUCAUAGAGCAAAUUUAAAAACCCAUACAAGAAUACAUACUGGAGAAAAGCCGUUUAGAUGUCAUCUCUGUGAUGAAGUAUUUUCUCGAAUUGAUUAUUUAAAAAAGCAUUCAAGGACACAUCUUUACGGAUUGCCAUAAAAAUGAAACAACUAUUUAAAGAUAGCUAUUAUUGGUUCAGAGAUGACCAACUACUGUUUUUACUAUUACUUUAGUUAGACCGUGUAUUAUUGUCAGGAGUUGGACCAUUGUAAACCAGCUGGUGAAACUGACCUUAACAUCAAAUUCAUCAACGGGAUUCCUAGACUUGGAACCACGGUAUCAAGUACUCCAUGGGGGUUCUUGGAUCAACCAUGAGCCAGUCUCAUGCCUGAACACUUCAACAAUCCAUCUCAACUCUCAACGUCUCGCUACUGAUAUUCAUCUUGGAUACUACCAAAACUAGAUUUAUCAGAAUUAAGCUUAACUCUUCUGUUUAAUUCUUUUGACUUCCAUUUUAUUUUUAAUUGCCGGUCUUAGUGAUAAUAUUCACGAAAACGAACUAGGUCUAAUCAAUUAUGUUGUAUAUCGAUUAGAUAGGAAUACUCCUAGUGAUUACUAAGAGGAGGUGGGGGUGUUUUCUUAGCAAUCUGCAUAUAUAUCAUAUCUAACUUAUUAAUGAAUACUCUAAAAAAUAUUGAACAUUUGCUUGUGAAAUUUGUAUUUAAUAAUAUUAAGUUUGAGCGUAGCUCAGUUUACUUUCCCCCAAAUUUUUAAUCCUAUUAUCCAACAGCCGUAAAAUUUGGUCAUCAGCUUGAACCCUAAUAGUGCUUUUAUAUUUUGUGGUGAUUUCAAAAUUCUCAAUAUCUCUUGGUCAAAUGAUGAAUAUGAUUUCUCUUAUAUUUUUCCAACUCUGGCCCAAGAAUACACUGCAUUUCUAAAUCAUUUGUCCUCUUGAAUUUUUUCCAAAUAAAUAGUGUUAAAAACUCACUGAUCUGGUUUUUUGCAAUGAACACUGGUUGUUUUUAUAAACAAUGUCCUAAAUACGCUCGUACCAUUUGAACCCUCGACACAUGAAGGACCUGGAUAUCGUAUCCGAGUUUCAUCUUAAAAUGCCUAUGAAAGCCUUUUUUUGUUGGAGCGUUCAACUUUUGAAUAUUCUUCAGUGUUAUGGGACCCACACGCAUAGCAUACAGUUCCUCCAAGUUAGAACCCGGUUAACGCCGUUUCCUAUCUUUUGUAGGUCAUGCCCUAGGUAUUCAAAUGGUUAUUCGAAUCGCCUACACUACCUUGGUUUCAGCUCCUUAGUUGACAGAAGAGUGUCCGCUAACUUUUGAAUAAGUUGAUUAUUGAUUACAUUUAUGUACCAUAUUUCUUAUGCUUGAGUAAAUUUCAAAGUUCCUUCAUGCUCAUACGAAACUUUAUUCCAUUUGCAGUCAGCUAUACGCCCUGAACUACGUUCGUAACCUCCCUAAUUCACCGCAUGAUGCGUCUUGCAAACAAACACCCUUCACACCUCAUAAAACUCUGCUAUGUAAUUAUUAUUUUUUAAUUUAUUUAAUCUGUAGAUUUGAAAUAAGUUUGAAUUGUACUCAAUAUCAGGCAUUAUUUUUUAUAAUUAUUAACCCUAUUGUCUUAUAAUUGUAUUGUAUACUGGACAUUUUAUGUUCUUUAAAUCAAGCCGGUUUCAUGUAUUAAUUGUGAUACUUCGUUUAAUCCUGUGGUACCGACCUUCGAGUAGUUUUAUAAUUGUUUUUCUCCUUGUUGGUUUUAACAAACCUGUUCCGUCACGUGUGUAGGAUAAGGAUUUUAAAUUAAACUUAUUGAAAUUAAUAUUUGGAAAACAAUUUUUUUGGUAUCAGACCAUACCACAUUUGUAUUGAUAAUUAUUUUUAAAUUGUAUAUAAUAUUAAAUUACUCUAUUUAAGUAAAUGCAAUGUGUAACAUAAAGUUAUCUUGAUUUUUUUUUUUUUGUAGUGCUAUAAAAUAUAUGUAAGUAUUUUAAUCUUUUAUAUCAUUAGUUGUUCAUAAUUGAAUCAACAAUAUUUUUACAAAUACAACAUUUAAAGCAAUAAAAUUGAACAGAAUUAAUUUAACUUUUGUAACAAACCUGUUUCUCCUGUCAAGUGUGUUUGGAUAAGGAUUUUAAAUUAAAUUUAUUGAAAUUAAUACUUGGAAAAUAAUUUUUUUGUCAUCAGACC